GGCGCACGCUGAUCUGCCGCCGCUGACGGGCCGGAGUUCGCGGAGCCGCUGCAGGCUGCCUCGCCUGUGUGCCAGGUUCAGCCGCCGCCAUGGGGAUCCUGGAGAAGAUCUCCGAGAUCGAGAAGGAGAUCGCCCGCACGCAGAAGAACAAGGCCACCGAGUAUCACCUGGGCCUGCUGAAAGCAAAACUCGCCAAGUAUCGGGCCCAGCUCCUGGAACCCUCCAAAUCGUCCUCAUCCAAAGGCGAGGGCUUCGAUGUCAUGAAGUCGGGCGACGCCCGCGUGGCGCUGAUCGGCUUCCCCUCUGUGGGUGGGGCAGGACCCCCGCUGCAACGACCUGCUUUCUCCCAGUCUACCUUCCUGAGCCUGAUGACCUCCACGGCCAGUGAGGCUGCGUCCUAUGAGUUCACAACCCUGACCUGCAUCCCUGGGGUCAUUGAAUACAAAGGCGCCAACAUCCAGCUCCUGGACCUUCCUGGAAUCAUCGAAGGCGCAGCACAAGGGAAGGGCCGUGGCCGGCAGGUGAUCGCCGUGGCACGCACAGCCGACGUCGUCAUCAUGAUGCUGGACGCCACCAAGGGAGAGGUGCAGAGGUCCCUGCUGGAGAAGGAACUGGGGUCGGUCGGCAUCCGCCUCAACAAGCACAAGCCCAACAUCUACUUCAAGCCCAAGAAAGGAGGCGGCAUCUCCUUCAACUCGACGGUCACGCUGACCCAGUGCUCAGAGAAGCUGGUGCAGCUGAUCCUGCACGAGUAUAAGAUCUUCAACGCGGAGGUGCUCUUCCGAGAAGACUGCUCCCCGGACGAGUUCAUAGAUGUGCUCAUGGGCAACCGCGUGUACAUGCCCUGCUUGUAUGUUUAUAACAAAAUCGACCAGAUCUCAAUGGAGGAAGUGGACCGCCUGGCCCGGAAACCUGACAGCGUGGUCAUUAGCUGCGGCAUGAAGCUGAACCUGGACUACCUGCUGGAGAUGCUCUGGGAGUACCUGGCCCUGACCUGCAUCUACACCAAGAAGAGAGGCCAGAGGCCGGACUUCACGGACGCCAUCAUCCUCCGGAAAGGGGCCUCUGUGGAGCACGUGAGCACCUGCCCUGGGCCCGGCUGCUUCCGGGCGCAGCCCGGGCUCACCAUCCGACUCUCUCCCGUCCCCCAGUGCCACCGCAUCCACCGGUCACUCGCCAGCCAGUUCAAGUACGCGCUGGUGUGGGGCACCAGCACCAAGUACAGCCCACAGCGGGUGGGCCUGACCCACACCAUGGAGCACGAGGACGUCAUCCAGAUCGUGAAGAAGUAGUGGCCCUGCCCCCGCCCCCCGUGGGACUCACCGGAGCCUAAACUGGGAAAAUACAAAUGCACCCCAGGAAGGGGUCUCUCACGUCUCUGCUGUUUGCAGAAAUUUCUUCAAUGGGCAGAUGGUGGAGAGCAUGCUGGGGCCUUGGGACAAGGUUGGGGCUGGGCUGGGCUGGGCUGGCGGCGUUUCCCGUGAGACUGGACUCUGGAAGGGGUCCUAUUUGGGUCCCUGGGCCUGCGCCUUCUCCCCCCCACCCCACCCCCGGCCCCGUCCAGUGCAGAGUGAGCGAGCUGCCCACCUGCCCCCCGCGAGGGCCUAGUGCAGACGGCUGGCCUGAUGCCCGGCGGGGAGCUGGGCCUACUUGGGUCCCUGGCGGCCCCUCAGCUCCUGCCAGCUUCUCUGGUUCUCAGGGAGGGCGCUGCCCAGGACAAAACCCCCUAUCCGCCCCCUGCCCCCGGGCACCCCCUGCCCAGCACAGAGCCCAGGACCCAGCCCGGUGCAGACACCUGGGCUGGGGGAUUUGGAGUCUGGGCUCUGCGUUUUCUCUAAAUACCACCCCGCCCUGCACCCCCAAUCUCUCGGCUCUCCUUCCUGAAAUAAAAAGUGGAAACAA